AUGACGCUGAGCGCCCAAGAGGUCGCCCAGCUUCGGGCCGCUCUGCAAGAUGCCGUGGUUAAGUGCUCCGAGAGGUGUCUGUACCAGUCGUCCAAAUGGGCAGCCGAGCUCCUCAACGCGCUCCCCGAAAGCGAUGAUGCCGACCACGAUAUUCAAGGCUCCGAGGACAAGCAUACCUCGCCACUCUUUACCCCGAACCCAGACCAGGAUGAGGCGGCCUUGGAAGCGAGAGAGCUGAGCAAGUAUCUGCUUGCCAAGUCGCUCUUCGACUGCAAGGAAUACGAUCGAUGCGCCGCCGUCUUCCUCCCGGAGUCUCUCCUCUCUUCCGUGCUGGCCUCGCACUCGGAUAGCUCCGCAUCUUCAUCGCAAAAAGCAAAGGGCAAGGCCAAGGCCACGACUUCGGCUCGUUCCCCGGGAGCACCCUCCCUACCCAACAUAAGCCAGAAGAGCCUGUUCCUCGCUCUCUACGCCAAGUUUAUGGCGGGGGAGAAGCGCAAAAACGAAGAGUCUGAGAUGGUUAUGGGCCCCCAAGACCUCGGAACCGUCGUCAACAAGCAGCUGUUGGCUGUUGGACGUUACCUGGCGGCUUGGUUUGACGAGAGGACGGCCGAUGAUGAAGAGGUCCUCGGCAGUCAAGGCUGGCUCGAGUAUCUAUACGGCAUGGUGCUUGCCAAGGAGAAAAACGACUCGAGGGCCUUGGAGUUCCUCAUCCGGAGUGUUCACAAGUAUCCCAUGAACUGGGGAUGCUGGCUAGAGAUGACGUCUCUUGUCUCCAGGGUUGAAGAGUUGAAUCGGAUAUCCAGGCAUUGCCCACAGAACAUCGUCUCAUUCAUGUUCCAUCUGCACACCUCGCUAGAGCUGUAUCAGCAGUCCCCCAGCCUCGCCAACAAUCUCGAGCAGCUGCUCUCCAUCUUCCCGACUUCACCAUUUCUUCUCACCUGCCACGCGCUACUCGCAUAUCACGCCAAGGACCUGAUGGCUGCCGAGCAGCAUUUUAGCCGACUGCUUUCGCUCCAUCCGCACAGGCUCGAUUCCCUCGACCAUUACUCCAACAUACUCUACGUCUUGAACUUGCGCCCCAAGCUGGCCUUUGUCGCCCACCUCUGCUCCAGCGUGGACAAGUUUCGGCCCGAGUCCUGUGUCGUGAUAGGAAAUUACUACUCGCUUCUGUCGCUGCAUGAAAAGGCCGUCCAGUACUUCCGCAGGGCUUUGACCCUCGACAGGUCUUGUCUCUCGGCCUGGACGCUGAUGGGGCACGAAUAUGUCGAGCUCAAGAACACGCACGCCGCGAUUGAGUCAUAUCGACGUGCUGUCGACGUCAACCGGCGAGACUAUCGCGCCUGGUACGGGCUCGGUCAAACGUACGAGAUGCUUGAGAUGCACACGUAUUCGCUAUGGUACUAUAAGAAAGCAGCUGGUCUGCGCCCAUGGGACGGCAAGAUGUGGCUAGCAGUCGGCUCCUGUCUGCAGAAGAUGGGCCGGGAGAGAGACGGGAUCAAGGCACUCAAGAGAGCACUGCUAGCCGACGCAUACUACGAGGUCGGGAGCAGCUUCGGGAGCGGCGGCGAUCCUCUCGGCACCCGAGGGGCCACUGGCCAUAUGGAUCCCGAGAUCUUGCUGCAAAUUGCCACCAUGUUCGAUGAGCUGGACGAGGAGGACGAAGCAAAGGCCUACAUGGAACUCUGCGUGGCCCAAGAGGAUGGCGGAGCAGCAGCAGACGCCAGCCUCAACGAAUCCGUCAUGAUACACAACGACUCGCCGGCUGGCUCAGACGACGACCCUGACCGGCAAGACAACCCCGGAGCGACCGAGGGCACGGGGGUCACGGCGGCGACCAGCAAAGCACGCAUGUGGCUUGCCAAGUUCGCCAUGCGCACAGCCGACUACGCCACGGCAAACCGCCUGGCCACGGAGCUGUGCCAGGAUGGAGUGGAAGUCGAAGAGGCCAAGGCUCUGGUGCGAGAGAUCAGAUCCAUCUUGGAUCCGGCGGGGGGCGUUUAUGGUUCUGCGAGCUAG